GAAGUGAAUGUUGAAUUUGAAGCACAUUCCAUAUCAGACAAUGACUAUAAUGGGAUCAAGAAAUUAUUACAACAGUUGUUUCUAAAAGCUCCUGUUAACACUGCUGAAUUAACUGAUAUAUUAAUACAACAGAACCAUAUUGGAAGUGUUAUCAAGCAAGCAGAAGUCCAAGAAGACAGUAGUGACGAUGACGAUAAUGAUGAUGAUGAUGAAGUCUUUGGUUUUAUAAGCUGCUUAAACUUAAUGGAAAGGAAGGGGACACAGUGUGCUGAGCAAAUCAAAGAGCUGGUUCUCAGUCGGUGUGAGAAGAGCUGUGAACAGCAUGCAGUUGAACAACUGGAUAAGCUCCUAAAUGACACUACUAAGCCUGUGGGUCUUAUACUGAGUGAAAGAUUCAUUAAUGUACCCCCGCAGAUUGCUCUGCCCAUGCACCAGCAGCUCCAGAAAGAGUUGACUGAGGCACAGAGAACAAACAAACCUUGUGGAAAGUGCCACUACUACCUUCUCAUCAGCAAGACCUUUACAGAAGCCGCAAAGAGCAAUUCUAAGAGGGGAGAAGGGAAGAAUCAGCAAAAGGAGGAAUUAAUGUUUGCAAAUGCAGAGGAAGAAUUCUUUUAUGAG